CUUUUCGAAACAUAUUGUAUUGUAUUUUUAAAAUUAGUGUGUGAUAAGUAACAGAAGAACUGUGAGGUGCAAAUAUAUUUUUCAAAAUGUCCAGUUAUCGCCCACGACGUACUCGCAUUUAUGGUGCCAACUAUGAUAUCGGCGAAAGCUCAUAUAAAAAAUUGCUGGAAAGCAUAGAUAAUAAAAGGGGAGUUGGCAGGAGCAUAGACUCACACGUUCCGCUGACGCGAGAAACUAGCUUGCCGCCAAAAGUGACAUUCUCACAAGAUGAGGAUGAUUUUGAUCGCGAGAAAUAUAGAGCCUCACUCAGAGCCAAACUACAAUUGGAUGAUGAGGGUGAUGAUCUUUUUGGUGCCACACUUAAGAAAUCGAAGCUGAGAAUUGCGGAGCGAAACAAAUUCCUCGAAGAUGAAGAUGACGAUAUCUUAGGCUCUGCCUAUAAGCCACUAAAAUUCAAAGGCAUAGACGAAUCUGGCGUUGAAUCUUCGCUGAAAUCAUCACUGAAGUAUAGAGCAUCUGCCGAACCAUUUGAAUCAUCUUUCAAAUCGCUUAAAUUGAAUGGUGCAGAUGAGUCAGCAUUCGGCGAGAGUAUAAAAAGUAGAGCUUUAAAAGCAAUCGAAAGACCCGGCAGAGCGAGGUCAAUCUUGAAUGACUUAGAUGAUCAGCAGGAGGCUAGCACAUUUUCUUCCAGACGUAUCAAGAUUAGAAGCGAAAAUGUUAUAAUGGGUGAUAGCAGUACUACAACUGAAACUUCCUCACGCAUGAAAGCUACUAAAGCUCGCCUCGCUGACCUCGAUGCGGAAAUGUCCUCGAUAAAUGAUAAGCAAAGCGAACGAGAAAAGCGUAAACAUAAUUUAAGAAAAUUACUAAAUGAAAGUGAAGCUGAUACCUUUAAGGCUAUAGAAUUGUAAUUGUUGUAAUGUUGUGUUAUAUGAUGAGUAUGUACUUAA